AUGGGCAAAUGGAGCUACGCCGUGAUCUUGGACGCGGGAUCGUCCGGGACUCGCGCCCAUGUCUAUCGAUGGCCCGAUCCUGUAGUGACACGCCCAAGCGCGAAGUUUCGAAACGUCGAGAAGUUACCGGAAAUCAGCACGAAUAAUGAAUGGACUAAGAAAAUCACCCCUGGCGUGUCAUCCUACGCCCAGAAACCGGAUCGACUGGGUCCCGAUCACCUGAAGCCUCUCCUUGACCAUGUCCUCAAUGUUAUCCCCCCUGAAGCGAUACGAGAAACGCCAAUAUACGUCCUUGCUACGGCCGGCAUGAGACUACUAUCUCCGCAGGAUCAACGGCAUAUUCUAACAAGCGCGUGCUCAUACAUUCGCGAAAACACGAACCUAUCCUUGCCGGAUUGCAGCGUUCACGUCAAGGUCAUUGAUGGGAAGACGGAGGGCCUGUAUGGAUGGAUCGCCACAAACUACCUGCUGGGAGGUUUUGACGAGCCCGAAAAGCAUAAUCAUGGCAAGGAUCACCACACGUAUGGCUUUCUGGAUAUGGGCGGUGCGUCUGCACAGCUUGCUUUCGCCCCAAAUGCUACGGAAGCGCGGAAACAUGCAAAUGACUUGAUUUUGUUACGUCUAAGGUCAACGUCCGGACGGCCUCAGGAGUAUAAAGUUUUCGUGACCUCGUGGCUUGGGUUCGGCGUUCGAGAAGCAAGAAAUCGCUAUGUCAAGGCGCUGCUUCGGGAGACAGCUUCCUCAGGCACUCAGAAACGUCCAGAUCCUUGUCUUCCCCAAAAACUAAGUGCGACUAUCGAAGGAACUAUCUUACCUGCCAACGCACCAAUUUCAACAAAAAAUCCUUAUUUUGUUGGAACCGGAAAAUUUGACGAAUGUCUACGACGGACAAUGCCACUACUUGCAAAAGAUGUUCCGUGCGAAGAUGAUCCCUGCUUACUGAACGGUGUUCAUGUUCCAGCUAUCGAUUUCGACGUCAACCAUUUUGUUGGAAUUAGUGAAUACUGGCAUACGACACAUGAGAUUUUCGAGAUGUCGCAUAAAGACAAAGCAUACGAUUUCAACACAUACCAAAACCGUGUGAAGGAGUUCUGCGGUAUGAACUGGGACGAAAUAAGGAAAGGAAUAUCCGGGAAGAAAUGGGGCAAAAAGGUCAACGAAGAAAAGGCAUACGAGGUCUGUUUCAAAGCCGCAUGGAUAAUAAACAUUCUCCAUGAUGGAAUUGGCAUUCCACGAGUAGGACUUGAGAAUACCCAGAGUUCAGCCACGAAUGGGACCAAGGAAGUGUUGAAGCAUGGCAAGGAAAAGGGAUACUUGGAUCCUUUCCAAGCCAUCCACAAAAUUGACUCCACAGAAGUCAGUUGGGCUCUCGGAAAGGCUGUUCUAUAUGCAUCUUCGAAAAUGCCGCCUGCGGAGGACACCUUGCCUGUGGGAUUUGGCAGUAAUGUGCCAGGUAUCCCAAACGACUUCCAAUAUCCUGCAUCACCACACGUACCUGUGCUCCUGCCACAACCGCCUCAAGGCUCUUAUACAAACAAGACUGGCGAUCAUUGGCAUGAUUCGCUGUUCGAUGGUGAUUCCCCUCGUCGAAUUCCAGGAAUUCUCCUCUUUGUCUUGAUCAUUUUCAUCGCUCUCUUCUUCUUGUGCGGUCGGGAGCGAAGGUCGCGUCUUUACCGCAAAAUCGGUUUUUCAAAGAGUCGAGGAAGUCCUCACAAGCGAAGAGGCUUACUUGCAAAACUCCCUUUUCUUCGGCGUGCUGUAUCUCCAACAUACGAACGCGUACUUGAAGAGGGAGCUCGACAUUUCGAACUUGGAGGUGUAGAUUCGGACGAUUCCGAUCACUCUCCCACAACCGCACUCCAUCCCUCAAAAUCUGCUCCCGGCUGGGGAAACCCGCAUCACCAUCAUCAUCACCCCACGCUCAAAUAUGCCCUCGACAAUUCUUCAACUCAUAGCAUCGGAUCGGCGUUGGAGAUGGAAACUAUCAAAAAUCACGUUGAUCGAACGGGGCUCGUCAUUCGGACUGAGAGUCGAGAUCGACUAUCUCCUCUUACGCUUGGUCCAACUCUGAAUGGUCGAAAAUCGAGAACAUCAAGUCCUGUGAGGCAUAAAACCCCGUUCUCAAACAUGUGA